AUGUUCAAAGGCUUUAGCGUCGAGCACAGACAUGUUCUGAGGGAGGACGCGAAUAGUGAACCAAAUCUGCCUCCCCCCGUGCUGUUUUUUUCUCCUCAGCCUUUGUCAACUGUGGUUUUGUGGGGGUGAAUAUUCGCAUGGGGCUGUCUACGUUUUACUUAAUCUGGGACCGACUGGCACACCUCUCUUCAGUCUUCUCCUCACGACGAACGAGCGAAAUAUCCGUCCGGUGUUUCGCGUUUAGUCACAGAGAGAUGUCUGAGGAUGCGCAUCAAUACCUUAUUCAUCCGUUGUCUCUCCACGGAGCCCGUCUUUGAAUGUUUUAUCCAGUGCAUGAAUGGAGCUGCUUGAGGAUAUACGACCUUUUCAUCGGUUUUUAGGGAAUAAGGAACCCCUCGACAUCUGAAUACGUGAAUUAAAGCGAUAAAAACGUCUAUGACGGGCGUCACGGGACGACUACGCAAAGCCAUCGCGGCAUAUGCUGCACCUUUGUCGAUAGGAUCAAAUCGGACUGCAUCAUCUAAAUGAAGUUACCCAGCCAUGCAAUGUUCCUGGAAGGCUGUGAUUCUGCUUGCAUUGGUGUCCAUAGCGAUCCAAUACACAGCAAUCAGGACUUUCACAGCUAAGCCUUUUCAUUUGUGCCCUGUUCCUAACCCUCUGAACUGUGGUUUGGGACAGGAUGUGGAGUCCUUCGAUCGGAUGUGUGAUGAGUACCCGUAUUUUAAUUACAAUUCCUCCAGGAAGACUCACAUCCUCAUCUUGGCAACCACCCGUAGCGGCUCCUCUUUCGUUGGACAGUUGUUCAACCAGCACUCAGAUGUGUUCUAUCUUUUUGAGCCACUCUAUCAUGUCCAAACGACCUUAAUCCCUCACCUUUCUCCCAGCAGAUAUGCUGUUGAGCGCAGAGUGAUGCUGGGAGCCAGUCGUGACCUUCUUAGAAGCUUGUACAACUGCGACUUGUAUUUCUUAGAGAGUUACAUCAAACCGCAGCCGGCAAACCAUACCACGGAUAAACUCUUUCGCCGAGGAGCCAGCAAAGCCCUCUGCUCUAUGCCGGUCUGUGAUGCCUUCAGCCCUAACGAUGGCAAUAUAGAAGAGGGGGAUUGUGUUCGAAAGUGUGCCUCCCUUAACUUGACCCUAGCAACCGAAUCAUGUCGGGAAAGACGCCACGUGGCCAUUAAAACAGUGCGUAUUCCAGAGGUCAAUGAUCUUAAGGCACUGAUUGAGGACCCUCGGCUUAAUCUGAAAGUUAUCCAGCUGGUGAGGGACCCGCGUGGAAUAUUAUCUUCGAGGAUUGAAACCUUUCGGGACACAUACCGCCUAUGGCGGAUUUGGAGAGCCACCGGCCGUAAACCCUACAACCUGGAUUUGACUCAGCUAACAACAGUGUGUGACGACUUUCUAAACUCAGUGUCCACGGGCUUAAGCCGGCCGCCGUGGCUUCGAGGACGGUACAUGCUAGUGAGAUACGAGGACCUAGCCAGGAAUCCGCUCCAAAAAACCAAGGAGGUUUACGAAUUCCUUGGUCUUUCUUUGGAAAAAAGCGUGGUGGACUGGAUACAUAACAACACAAGAGGCAAUAACGAUGUGUCAGCAAAGCAUAAGUACGGCACGUUGAGGGAUUCGGCGGCCAACGCAGAGAGCUGGAGGUUGAAAUUGUCUCAUGACAUAGUUGAUUACACACAAACUGUUUGUCAGCACAUUUUAGAUGAGCUCGGCUACAAAGCUGUCAACUCCCCCGAGGAGCUGAAAAACAUGUCGCUCUCUCUCAUCGAGGACAAAACCUUCAUACCUUUUUUGUAACAAAGGUAAACGUGCACGCACAACUAUUUUUCUACAUUUAUAUUCUUGCCUUAAUGUGAUUGACAUUUGCACUAUGAACUUUUUUUUUACUUCGGAGACUCCCUCGCAGUCACCCUAUGAUGUUCUGAACAGCACAAGAACCAAAACACUUUAGCUGUAAAGAGAUCUGAACUUCACCUUGAUCGCAUUGAGAUAGCAAUGUUCAUUAUUUAUAUAUUAGAGCAGAGCACCACACUACUGAUAAAGAAAUUCUGUAUGCUGGCCAUUGCUUUGACAACAGUGAAUGUGAAUAUUUUGUAUGUCAUAGAACCCAGACUAUUCACAAGAAAAACAUUCUUUAAUGUGGGACUGAAAUGCUGUCAUGUAUGAUAACAGCCGUGCAAUAAAAUUGUGAAUGUCA